AUGGCGACCCAGUGUGUGGCAUCUACUAGGUUGGCAUUGUCGAACAUGCUAUGCAGUGUCCUUCGAUCCGAGUUCAUUUCCGCCGUACGCCAGUCUCCUCCGCGUCAACCUACCCGCCAGUUCUUCAAACCUCAGCAUGCCCGUCUAUUCAGCGUGACCAACAGACUCGCACGCAUCGAGAUUAACGAGUCUCACGAUCUCAUCACCAUACCCCAGUCAUCCGGCUCCCUUGCCAAGGCUUCACAACAAACCAAACAGCCUUUUAAAUUUACUUCAUCGCCACACGAAACCGCAUCCUCGAUUGAUCAAGCACGCAAAGGGAACGGCAAUGGCAAAAGCCGUGGCUCCUCCGAUGAAACCAAUGACAACAAAGAUACAAGUAGGGGAAAGGUUAAGCACCAAGUCAAAGAUAUGAAUAUGAGAAAGAAAAAGAAAACCGAGGCUUGGCGCGUCCAGAAAGCGGCUUUGGAGAAGAAAUUUCCGUCUGGUUGGAACCCGCCCAAGAAGCUCUCGCCCGAUGCGAUGGAUGGAAUACGGCAUUUGAACGCGACCGCCCCUAGUCGCUUUACCACCGCCGUGCUGGCCCAGGAGUUUAAGGUUUCCCCUGAAGCCAUCCGUCGCAUUCUCAAGAGCAAAUGGAAGCCCUCCACUAUUGAAUCAGAGGAUCGUCGCGAACGAUGGGAAAAACGGCACGAGCUCAUCUGGAGUCGAAAGGCUGAGCUGGGCCUUCGACCGUCAACCAAGACUUCUCGGCCUUUGUCGGACGCUAACAUCCUUUAUAAGCCCGGCGAGGAGGAAGGGGUUUAG